AUGGCCUCCCCCCGCCGCCGCCUGAGGCGCUCACUCCAGCGCCGCGGCCCCCGCCGCCGCCACCGCCGCCGCCGGGGGCAGCUCCCGCGUCUCCUCAGCCGGGGCCGCCCGCCCCUUCCGUCAGGGCCGUCGCGCCGGCCAAUCGCCGCCGCGCUCUCAUCGGCGCCCUCCCCUCCCCGCGCCGGAACCCCGCCCGCGGUUGGUCCACCGACGACGGAGGGGGCGGGGACGUCGGCCAAUCGCCGCCGCGCUCGCCUCGAGGACCCCCCCCCAGAGCUGGAAGAACGCUCGCGAUUGGUCCAGCGCCCACGGAGGAGGCGGGGAGGCCGCGGUUGGUCCAGCGCCGACGGAGGGGGCGGGGACGUCGACCAAUCCCGGCCGCGCUCUCAUACAGAGACACCCCCCCCCCCCCAGCGCUGGAAGAACGCUCGUGAUUGGUCCAGCGCCGACGGAGGGGGCGGGGACGUCGGCCAAUCGCCGCCGCGCUCUCCUCGAGGACCCCCCCCAGAGCUGGAAGAACGCUCGCGAUUGGUCGAGCGCCGACGGAGGGGGCGGGGAGAUCGGCCAAUCCCCGCCGCGCUCUCAGCGGCGCCCUCCCCGCGCCGCGCCGGAACCCCGCCCGCGGUUGGUCCACCGACGACGGAGGGGGCGGGGACGUCGGCCAAUCGCCGCCGCGCUCUCCUCGAGGACCCCCCCCCGAGGUGGAAGAACGCUCGCGAUUGGUCCAGCGCCGACGGAGGGGGGCGGGGACGCCGCGGUUGGUUCAGCGCCGACGGAGGGGGCGGGGACGUCGACCAAUCCCCGCCGCGCUCUCCUCCAGGACCCCCCCCAGAGCUGGAAGAACGAGCUGGAAGAACGUUCGCGAUUGGUCCAGCGCCCACGGAGGGGGCGGGGACGUCGGCCAAUCGCCGCCGCGCUCUCCUCGAGGACCCCCCCCCGCCCCCAGAGCUGGAAGAACGGUCGCGGUUGGUCCAACGCAGACGGAGGGGGCAGGGACGUCGGCCAAUCGCCGCCGCGCUCUCAUCAAGGCGCCCCACCAGCGCUGGAAGAACGCUCGUGAUUGGUCGAGCGCCGACGGAGGGGGUUGGGGACGUCGGCCAAUGCCCGCCGCGCUCUCCUCGAGGACCCCCCCCCCCCACCCAGCGCAGGGAGAACGCUCGCGAUUGGUCCAGGGCCGACGGAAGGGGCAGGGACGUCGGUCAAUCCCCGCCGCGCUCUCCUCGAGGACCCCCCCCCCCGCCCGAGCUGGAAGAACGCUCGCGAUUGGUCCAGCGCCGACGGAGGGGGGCGGGGACGUCGGCCAAUCGCCGCCGCGCUCUCCUCGAGAGACCCCCCCCCCUUGGUAGGGGAACGCUCGCGAUUGGCCGAAUGCCGACGGAGGGGGCGGGGAAAUCGGCCAAUCCCCGCCGCGCUCUCAGCGGCACCCCCCCCAGGCCGCGGUUGGUCCAGCGCCGACGGAGGGGGCGGGGACGUCGACCAAUCCCGGCCGCGCUCUCAUACAGAGACCCCCCCCCCAGCGCUGGAAGAACGCUCGUGAUUGGUCCAGCGCCGACGGAGGGGACGGGGACGUCGGCCAAUCGCCGCCGCGCUCUCCUCGAGGACCCCCCCAGAGCUGGAAGAACGCUCGCGAUUGGUCGAGCGCCGACGGAGGGGGCGGGGAGAUCGGCCAAUCCCCGCCGCGCUCUCAGCGGCGCCCUCCCCUCCCCGCGCCGGAACCCCGCCCGCGGUUGGCCCAGCGACGACGGAGGUGGCGUGGACGUCGGCCAAUCGCCGCCGCGCUCUCCUCGAGGACCCCCCCAGAGGUGGAAGAACGUUCGCGAUUGGUCGAGCGCCGACGGAGGGGGCGGGGACCGCUGGAAGAACGCUCGCAAUUGGUCGAGCGCCGACGGAGGGGGCGGGGAUGUCGGUCAAUCCCCGCCGCGCUCUCAUCGAGGACCCCUCCAGCGCUGGAAGAACGCUCGCGAUUGGCCGAACGCCGACGAGGGGGCGGGGACGUCGGUCAAUCCCCGCAGCGCUCUCAUCGAGGAUCCCCCAGCGCUGGAGGUCCAGCUUCCAGCGCUGGAAGAACCCUCGCGAUUGGCCAAACGCCGGAGGGGGCGGGACGGCUGGCCAAUCCCCGCCGCGCCCUCAUCGAGAACCGCCCCAGCGCUGGAAGCCGGCCUGCGAUUGACCGAACGCAGACGGAGGGGGCGGGGCCCCCGGCCAAUCCCUGUCGCGCUCUCAUCGAGCCCCCCACCCCCUCGCGCCGUGCAGGAAUCCCUCCCGCGAUUGGCCGAGUGCCGAUCGGAGGGGGCGGGGCUACCGGCCACUCUCCAUCGUGCUCUCAUCGAGGACCCACACCGCGCCGCAAACCCGCCCGCGAUUGGCCGAGUGCCGACGGAGGGGACGGGGCCUCCGGCCAAUCCCCGCCGCGCUCUCAUCGAGGGCCCCCCCCCCACUUCCGCGACGCGUCAGAAGCCCGCCCGCGAUUGGCCGGCCGCCGAGGGAGGGGGCGGGGCCUCCGGCCAAUCAGGGCGGGCGGCGGGAGGCGCGCGGCGCGCUGAAGGGGCGGUUGGGGAGAGUUGUCGGGAGGGCGCAAUGACACGUCGGCGGCGUUCCGACCCCCCCGGGUUUGGAGCAGGUGGUAGCGUCCAGCGCCCGCCAAUCACAGUGGUCCAGCGCGGCGGAAGCGCGUGA